AUGGAGCAUGACCAUGCAAAUGUCAAGGUCUCAGAGCAAGACCUCGUCGGCAAAGUGGCAAUUGUGACUGGUGCUUCGCGCGGCAUUGGACGAGGCAUCGCCGUUCACCUCGCAAGCCGUGGGGCGAAUAUCAUCGGAACAUGCUCUGUGCUAUCGUCCUUGGGCAAAAUCGAUGAUUUGAGAGCCGAGAUAGACUCCCUGUACAGAAAUUCCAACAAGAGUUCUGUACCACAGAUUAAAGGCGUGGUUGCGCCUUUACUGGAGCCUCGAGAGUACUGCAGUGCCAUCGUCAAUGCCGUCAAAGAGUAUGGGAGUUUGAACAUACUUGUGCAAAACGCAGCGGUCGUGGAGGUCGCGCCAGUGGGCACGAUCACCCAGGACCACAUUGAUCGCUUACUUACGGCCAAUAUUGAAGCACCUGUAUUUCUCGUGCAAGCACUUCUCCCGUACUUCCGGCCGGAAAGCCGAAUCAUCAACAUCUCUUCCGAAGGAGGCCGAGAUCCUUCCCCAGUUGCUCUGGUUUACAGCGGUUGCAAGAGCGCUAUUGAAUCGAUGACUCGCGUGUGGGCUGACGCUUGCGGGACGAGGCCUGGGAUGGAGAGGACUACAGUGAACUCAGUUGCUGUUGGCAGUAAGUUUUUCGCAGUCACCUUGAACCGAAAAUUGCCAAAAGCAUUCUCGAAACCUGACCAUCUUCCAUCAGUUACGCAAACCGAAUUGGCCUCACAAAUGCCGGACACCCCUGAGAUCCGUCAGUUCCUUGAGGCAAAGAAAACCGCAUGCAGUGUGGAAAAGAGGUUGGGGAGAGUCGAUGACAUAGCUGAAAUCGUAGGCUUUCUGUCAUCUGAGAAGAGUCGAUGGGUCAGUGGGAGCGUGAUCUGCGCAAAUGGCGGUACUGUCAAGGUACUCUAG